AACACACCGUCAGCUGAUGAAGUGGUUCAUUCUUGUGCUUUAGCGAGCGCGUGGGUCAAACGACAAACAGCCCACCCGUGCAGUGAACUUCGAGCAAUACAUCAGUUGAAGUGAUCCGAGUAUUAUAAUAUCUCAUACACACCUGAAGAAGGUUUGAACUCGAGCAAGUGGCGCAGCGUGCAUGUCACUGCGCAUUCGCGUGAAUGCCUCUGGCUUGAUAGCAGCAGUGCGCCUAAACUCAGCAUGGGCUGCGGCGCGAGCACUCAGCACGGCGGCAAGGCCCCCGUCUCGCCGUCCCCAGCACCGCAGCCGCUCGGCAGCAGCGCGAACAGCACACGCGCGGCCCAGACUCCGCCGGAUGGCGUAACGCAGCCCGCACCCGGAGAGCAAUCUCUACACGCCUCCAAUGAAUGUAUCACGACUCCAGUUGAAGUCUCAAACCCGCAGGCCCUACCGGCGCCCAAGGAGGAAGACAUCACAGCCAGCCAAACGCCUCUACCCGCCACGUCACCACCGUUAGUGGCUGGAUCCGACCUGGAGCCCGCGGCUGUGGAGGCGGCACUGGAUGCAGGCGCAAACACGAGUGCGGGCAUCAAGGGGGAGACAGCGGCGCCGGAGGCUGCUGCCUCCUGCACCUCGACGGAAGGAGGAGCGGCGGCGCCGGCGCCGGCGGCUAUCAGCGACGCUGUGGUGACAAAAGCGGCGCCGGAGGCGCCUGGCAACGAAAGUGCUGCGGCAGCAAAGGCUGCUGCUGCUGCCGCUGCUGCUUCUGCCCUGUCAGACUACAGCGGUCGGUUGCAGCUGCGGCACACCAUGUGCCUGCAGGGCCACCCGACCAGCUGCAGCCGCUGCCCGGGCGAGCUGCCGGCAGAGGGGCGGGAGGAGCUGUUUGAGCUGAUGCAGGUGUGGCACCGCGACUGGCACGGCUUCCCCGCCUGGGACGCAGUGCUGAAGACGCGGGAGAUCCUGAGCAAGGCGCAAGCCCCCCAGGCGCCAGCCGCCGGCGGCGGCACCACCGGCGACAAGGCCGCUGCUGGCACCGAGCAGGAGAAUCGAGGUAGCGACGCCGGCGGCGUGUGGGCCUCCCUCACCAACGCCGAGCGCCGAAUGGUGUGCGAAGCGACUGCUCUGAACGCGGCAAUGGCGUACGACCUAAAGCUGAAGGACGUAAGGAAGGGGGGCCGCGCGGGACUGCACCUGAGGGUCCUGUCGGCGGCGCGCAGCCGCCGUCAGCAGCAACAGCAGCAGCAACAGCAACAGCAGCAGCAACAGCAGCAGCAGCAACAACAGCAGCAGCAGCAGCAGCAGCAGCAGCAGCAGCAGCAGCAGCAACAGCAGCAGCAGCAACAGCAGCAGCAGCAGCAACAGCAGCAGCAGCAGCAGCCUGCUGCCGCGUCAGCGGCGGGGGAGCACGCUACAGCGGCCGUGGAAGGCAGCAGUAGCAGCAAUAGCUACUUCGUGGGCGCCAGGUCGCUGUCGACCUUUCUGUCCGCGCACAAGCUCACGGAUGCGCGCGAUGAGAGCUGCCACUUGGGCCUGCUGCACCUCAGCGGCGGCACGGCAGGCCUGAGCAUGCAGCGGGCGGCGGAGCUGAUCGUGGCGCCGGCGCUGGAGGCCGCUGGCGGCGUGAGCUAUGCGGAGGCAUUCUUCUCUCAGUUCAAGGGCUGCACGCUGCUGAGUGCGGAGACAGCAGCGGAGAACGAGAAGGUGCAGGGGGAGGUGGGGGAGAACGAGAAGGUGCAGGGGGAGGUGGGGGAGAAAGAGAAGGAGGAGAGCAGGUCACAGAAGAAGGCGGAGGAGGUGGUGCCGGAGAGCAACACGGGAGCCCAGCCUGCCGAGUCCGAGUCCAAGGGCGGCGGUGCGCCCAAGCAGGGCCCCGGUGCGCCCAAGCAGGGCCCCGUGUUUGUGUUCGUGCCAAACCCCAGCCCCUCCACGGGGCUGUACGGCCUCGUCAUGGCGCUGUACGACAUCCCCCUGCCCACCCCAGACGGCACGGACGUGAGGGCAUGGCUUGAGACAUUCAGCUCGCCGCCCGCGUCUUGGAGCCACCGCGAUGAAGCCGCCGCCACCGCGGCCGCCGGGGCCGCCACCGCCGCCGCGGCGUCGAAGCCCGGAGGCCGGGUGGUGCUGUUCACGGGCACAGGCUGGCCGCGUGUCGUGCAGGACGACCCCAGCGGCGGCGGGGAUGCUGCUGGUAGCGGCGGUGGUGGCGAUGAAAAUGAUGGCGUUGAAGCGGCGACGCCGGGUACGGAGAUGGCUGCGGAUGCGGGUGCGGCGGCGGCGGUGGCGGCGGCGGAGCAGCAGGCGCAGCGGGUGCUGCUGCUGCCGCCGUGCCUGACGUCAGCGGCGAGUGUGGGGCAGGUGCAUGCGGCGGUGUCACGGGGCCUGGUGCCCCUGUUGGCUGUGGACUGGUUACACAUGGGCAGGUAUGGCAUCCCCGGGAACUGGAAGGUCAGCAUGGAACACCGCCACGCCUUCCACCACGCCUGGAAGUUGCGGGCUCAGGCGGUGGCCGCUGCCGCCCGGGCCGUCGCCGCGGCGCCCGAGCCGCCGGCCGCCCUGCUGGAGGCGGCAGCGGCAGCGGCGGCGGCGGCGGCGGCGGGAGGCGCUGCAGGGCGCGGCGGCGGUGGACUGAGGGCGGCGGAGCUGUGGCGGCGGUAUCAAGCAGUCACCGCCGAGUUCCGUACCUCAGUCGACACGCUCCUGGAGGCCGCACACGCCGCCACCCUCGUCUUCCGCCCCAUUGACUGGACCGGCGCCGCCAACACCGAGCCCCUGCCGCCGCCGCCGCCACCGCCGCCGCCGGGCGGGGCCACGUUGCUCGUGACGCGGGUGUUACACGUGGAGGUCCCGGCCGAGGGCCAGGAGGAGGCGGUGGCGGCGGCGGUGCAGAUGCUUGGGGUGGGGCUGCCGCCGGGCCGUGCCGUCGUACUGGCACUAACCCUGGACACGCAGGAACUCCCCUGUCCCGCCGACAUGACCCAGGGCGAGGCGGAUGACGUGGCGGCUGCCUGGGUCACCCACUGGCGCUGCCUGCCCGACUGGGGCACAGUGCUGCGCGUGCGCGGUGCCUGUGGCGGCGGCGACCCCGGCGGCCUGUGGGCCCGGCUCGACAACGACCGGCGGCGGUCCGCGUGUGAGCUGGCGCUGCUGUACGGCGACGCGGCGGCGGCAUGGGUGCCAAGCGAGGCGGUGGUGGCGGCUCGCAGGGAGGUGUCUAGCACGGGCGCGUUCGUGAGUCUGGGCUUUCUGGACCGAUUCGCCCAGAUGCACGACCUGCGGACGGAGCAGAAGCAUGGAGCGCAUCCGACCACCCGGGGCCCGCGGCUGGGCUGCUUCCCUGGCGGCGGCCGGUCCGGUGCUCCCGUGUGGAGCCCGGCCGGCGAGAUCUACAACGCCACCACCACCUGGGUGUGCGCCAACAUCGUGCUGCCAGCCACCAAGGGCUACGGUAUGUCGUACCACGACCUGCUGCUGAGCCCGGAGGCGCAGUCCCGCCUGCGGCCCGGCGAGGACGCGUACGGGGCGGAGGCGGGGGACGUGAGCACACGCGCCUUUGCCAGCCAUGCAUGGGCCACGCAGUACCUGGAGUUCGCGGGCGCGCUCGCCACCAACGGCCAGACCACUGGCUGCAAGCACUACUGGAUAGACAUCUUCCACAAGAACCAGUGGCAGGGUGUUCGCGAGUCGGACCUGAGAGACAACCUGUUGCUGAGCGGGCAGGUGGCGCUGGUGGUGCACCCCUUCCCACAGCCGCUGGCGGUCACACGGGUGUGGUGUCUGUACGAGCUACUGACGGCGCUGGAAUUGGGGGUGGACAUCACGCCCGCCCGCUCCGCUGCUGCCCUGGAGGGCUUCAUUCGCUGCAUGUGGGUGCGCGAGCACGAAUACGACUUCUCGCCCAGCCAGGUGACUCCGGCGGUGCGGGCGGAGGUGGCGGCGCUGGACGUGGCCACCGCGCAGGCCACCAUGCCGGCAGACAAGGACAUGAUUCUGGGCCGCAUCCGCAACGGCAUCGGCAUUGAGCAGAUGAACGCGCGCGUGCGGGAGCUGUUCCUGCAAAUGGUGGAGAAGGUCAUCAAGCCCCAGGUCGACAGCCACAUCGUUGAGGGAUCCAACAGCAUCUGCUUCGGCGGCGACGGCGUCGUGUGGUGCGUGGAGGCGCCGGAGGCGGCGCCGCAGACGGCCGCGGGAAGCGGGGAGCAGCUGAGGGGGCAUGGGAAGGUGGCGGCGGCGGCCGGCCGUGCUGAGCAGUGGCGCCGCUACAGCCACGGCCACAGCUACAGCCACAGCCACAGCUGUGCUAGCCGGGUUGUGCGGGCCGCUGCUGGGCUGCUGGGGCGGGCGGCACGGCGCCCACGCGGCAAGGCGCGGUGCCAGGCGGCGCGGGGCCUCGCAGUGGCGGCAGCCCCCGCUGGCGGCGGCGACCGCGGCGGCGGCGGCGUGUGUGGCGGUGGGAAGAAAAGGCGCGGCGCCGGGCGCCACGUCCACUCGGUGGGUGCAGCCGCUCUGGCGCUGGCAGCAGCUGAUGACGCCGCCGCCACCGCCAGCGGGGCCGUCGGCGCGGCAGGCGUUGGUUGCACGCCGCCCAGGCUAGCAGCAGCAGCAGCAGCAACACCGGUAGUGGCGGCGACGGCGACGGCGGCGGCGGCGGUGCCUCGGCGCGUGGCGGCGCUGCGGCCGGGCGACCGCAUCCUGACCGCUGACGGCGGCGUGAGCACUGUGGUGCUUGUGACCGUGGACCCCGUGUGCCCCGUGAUGGGCAUGGAGUUGUGUGAGCUGCCCACACCCCUUUGCGGCGGCGGCCCCGGGGGCGUCACCGCUGGCGGGACCGGUGGCGGAACCGGUGGCGGCGACGUCAUGGACGGCGAUGCUGAGGGAGGCACGGGUGGUGGUGGUGGCGGCGGUGGCAGCCUGUUGGUGACGCCCGACCACCCAGUGCGGGUGGGCGGCGUGUGGCGGCUGCCGAGGGAGCUGGCGCCCGUGCGGAGGCUGCGUGCAGAGCAGGUGCCGUACGGGGCCGUGUACAACCUGGAGCUGAAGCCGCCGGGCCCGCUGUGUGUGAGCGGGCUGGCGCUGGUGGCGCUUGGGCAGGACAGCAGCGCCGAGCUGCGGCAGGGCGUGGACUCCGCCAGUGACGCCUUGUGGGGCUGGGGCUGGCGGGGUAACCCGGACAGGGCCAGGAGGCUGGAGGCGCAGGCGCGCAGGGAGGCGGCGUGGCGGUCGGGGGAGGUGGAGGGGGUGGGGGUGGAGGAGGCGGGGGCGGGGGGCAGGGUGGCGGGGCUGGCGAGGGCGGUGUAGCGUCUGGUCGCGCGGCGGCGGUGUCGGGGGUGGCGGUGGCGGCAGCAGGGGAAACAGUGCAGGGGGCAGAUGGGCUGAUGUCACAGCCGUGUGUGGAAGGAAUGAGUGGGAGCGAAAACUGGUAUAUGUGCAUGGGAGGUGAUGGGCUCAGGAGGCAGGGCGGGGCUAGUGGAGGCAGGCCGCACUUGCAGGACUGCAAGUGGUGUACGGUUUGUGAAGGAGGCGCAGCACUCGUGUGCCUGCCACAGACUGACUGACAGAUAAUGUUUGUGAAGGGUUUGCGGUACUCGGGUGUUGAGCUGAUAAGCUUGGGGAUGCACAUAGCAGCAGCUAGGGGUACUUCCUUAGCCAGUCCG